AGUCACAGAGUAGAAGUUGAUCUUCCAACAUCUCGCGAGAAAACUAAAACCAAGUUCCGCUUUGUUGUAGUACAACAUUGCUCGGGACUUUUUUCACUCACACUCUCUCAUGGCGGAUCUGCUGCGUCGCUCAACAGACAAGCAAAACGGCGGCGCGACAAGCAACAUGUUGCAACGAAACUCGAAUCGGUCCUCCAGCGGUGCGGGCGGUAGCACGGGUGGCGGCACCGUUUCGGCGGACAAUACGCUGUUGACGUCCCACUCCCCCGGGCAGGACCGCAAGAACCAUGCGGGCGUGGUCAUCCGCAGUACCCCGCCCUCCAGCUCCUCCUCUUCGGCCGCGUCUUCGCGCGCCGCGGGCGUGCCGGCCAGCGCAAACGCGACCCUGUUGGCGGAAGACAUUCCCGAGGCGGUAUAUUCAUGCUCAAUACUUGUUUUUCUUUUUUUCCAUUUAUUUUUUCAUCUUCGCACUUUCUAGGUGGACACAAAAUCUCUGCUGGUGCAGAGGGAAAGAUUACUAUCGAUGGAAAGAUUUAUUACCUCUAGGGACAAACACGAUUGUGAACGAUGCAUUUCGCAUGAAUGCUCGGUCUUUUUUGGGGGGAGGGUGGGAUUCCACAAUCAUAAUUUGUUUUUUGCAAAUAAUCUUGUUGCAUUCCAUUUAACUCAGUCUCAGUGCAUUUUUUGCGUGCAACGCCAGCGUCGAGGACAAUCCUAGACUGUUGGAGUGUGGUAGUUACUCUUAGAAAUUUCAGUCUGCGCAAGUACUCUAUCACGUCGGAGUCGAGUCGAUGGUGAAAUCUGCAAAAAGCGUCCACUAUUACUGGGCCUCGGAUGCAACAAAGUUCGUUGUGGAGUUCUUUUGUUUUUUCCUCUCUUCCGCAGCAAUGGUAAACGUAAAGGACUGGCUGUUUCCCCCUUAGUCAUCGGCAUUGUUCCACCUACUUCUGGACUUCGUUUCUGACCCGCAGCUAGUCAGCAUGGAGCAAGGCAGCGGGGGGGGACAGGAGUGGCAAUUACACCGUCGCACCAUCCCGACCACGGUUCCAAGUUUCAGUCGCUGCAGAAUCUGGUAUUGAUUCACUGCAACACGCUACAAAAACCGCCACCGCAGUUUCAUCGAUUGCAGCACUACCGCAGGAACCCCCUUGCAUAGAUGAUCACGCAACACCGAACCGCCCUGGGGGCGCGAGGACUCGCGUGAGCACGAUUCUCUCCACUAUAGCCGGAAACAGAAGUCUUGGAAAGGGGAAGGCUGUGCAACUGCAUCCACCGUUGAAGCUACUUGUCUGCGAUUUCAGUCAUUUACUGACGCCACGCCUGUCCGGUAAUCGUUCCAUUCCGAGUUCAGCCAGAAGUUCUGACUUGAUCUGGAUAAGACCGAAAAGUAAAGCAGUAGAUGAAAUCUCCUCCAAGCGGCCGGCUUCGUCUACUCUCCCAUCCAGACCCAUCCUGAAAAGCACGGCGUCUCUGUUAACCCAGCGAAAUGAAGCUGCAGCUUGCUCGCCGCAUGCUGCCCCGCAACCGUUUCGGCCGACGCCCCGCCACACAGGUGUCUUUUCGUUUAUUACAGCGAAAAGAGGUGAGGACACGAAUGGUCAAACCCUCCACCGCAAGCCAGAAGCACAGUCACCAGCACAGGAAGCUGCAUGUGGCUCCAGAUCCCGUGAUCUACCAGCACCGGCGCUGGCCAUGAAGGUGUCGCCUGUCGUGGUAGAGAAUUUUACCACAACGGCCGAAGAGGAGGAAGAAGCAGCUAAAGUAGACAUGCCAGCAGGUGGACGAACAGCACCUCCGUCUAGCAAGGCCAUCAGUCCCCUGCCAGCUUCCGAGCCCGACUGUGAUGAUGAACGAGAGCAGCAAACCAACGAAGCAGGAAGGAAGGACAUACAACAGAGCGACACGACCGGCUUGUUCCGUUCAGAUUCACCAGCUGUUCCUCAAAAAGAAUGGGGAAAAAUACACCCGAAGAUGACUUCUACUUCCACGACUCGAGCUGCAAAACUACACUUGAAAAACACAAAAAUGACCAACUCCAGACCCAAGUUUGGACUCAGCAACUUCAGUUCACUGAGUUUCAAACUCAGCAACUUCAGUCUGCUAGGCGGUGGAAAGACCUCAGCCGAAACUUCUACGAGCCAAGCUUAUGGCUCGAAAAUCAGCACCGCAACGAUCCUUGACGCGGCCCGUGAAAAUAACUACGCCGAAGCCAAAAAUGACAUCCCAUCUAUAAUUUCGGAUCUCGCACCGAUACGCGCGGGACACAGCAUCUUAAUAGUAGGUCAGCCUCAACUUCAAGAAAAUGUAUUACACGAUGAUGCUAUUGACAUCGAAUCUCAGGUGAAGCAGAAUGGCGGUACGGGCGAGCAGCCGAUGGUGAUCACGCGGGCGGCUAUCCUGUGCAAAAGUAUCGUACUCGUAGUAAUCGCAGUCAUGCGUUACAAAUCUCCAUACCAAGGUAAAACAGCAUGACAAAUUUCAUUUGUCAUGCUGACCGAAUUUGUAAUGCGAUUUCUACUAGUGCGAUACUUUUGCAAUGCAUAGCGGCGGUCCAGCAGCAAAGUUCCCUAGCGGCACAGCAGCAGCAGCAGCCCCUGCAGACGCGCGUCGUUUCGCCCGCCACGCAGGCGGCCUCGGCGGCCCAGGCGUACCACCUCGACAACCUGUCGCGGUCCUACGCCUCGGAGUCUAGCCAGCACGAGUACGCGAUGAGCCACCAGACCAUUUUGCUCUUCGACUGGGAUGACACGUUGUGCCCCUCCUCGUUCUGUCGCCACACCCUGUCCGAACAGCUGAUCUGCAAGGUGUGGCAAGAGUGCUGCAACUUGCCCGAGGAACAGGCCGCGGCAACCACGCCGUCGAAGAAAAACGCGGGGGCGGCGAAAGGUGCUUGCACUUCACGAGAUGAGCAUGUCCAUAUGAAUUUGCAGUAAAAGCAAUCGAAAUAUGUCAACCAGGAGCGCCUCCGGGGAUGACAUUUAUUAAGACUUUUUCUUCUGUCUAGCAUCGCCGAAUAAACUUCGACCGCGUUGCUUUCGGGAAACGGUCCUUUCAUUUGAAUCCACUUUUCUCACAGCUUCCUCCAGCUCUACUUCCGGCGCGAGUGGUGGGCAGCACAUGCCGGGGACCUACAUCGAGGCCUGGGAUGCCACGCCCAACAAGGAGUCGCCCAACAAGAAGGUGAUCACCCUCGACAGUGACGACGAGGAUGGUGCGCCAUCUUCGCCGACCAAUGGAACCGCAGUGCCUCCGCUGUCCGCAGCACAGGCGAAGGGGUAACUAAGUUUGUUUCAAGCGAUGCUACAUGUAUAUCAGAUUCAAAAUUUCAUUGUGUAGGAAACGUAGUCGCUGUCACUGGAAUGCAGCAACGACAAGAUUCGAUAGAUGGUACAAGAUGCGGCCGUCUCAUCGUAAAAAAAUUUUGUCCCAAAACAAGAACAGGCAAAAGAUGGCCCGGGAGUACUUUGACCAGUUGGUGCACCAAAAGCACAAAACGCAGCUCGACGCGGUGGCCCGCAUGCUGGUGGGCCUGCUGCGGAAAGCGAAGACCAUGGGCCGUGUCGUCAUUGUGACGAACGCUGAAACCGGGUGGAUUGAGCUCUCCUGCAAGGCCUGGCUGUCGUCGGCGUUGCCCGAAGUAGUGUUUUUGUUUACUGAGCGAGCGAAGCCGAACAAAGUUUUUGUGCCUUCUUGUUGAUGCUUCCGUUUUGCCCGACACUGCUGCGCUAUUCCUAUUGCUCUACCGAAAAAACUCAAGCUGAUAGAAACGGUAGCGAAAUGAUAAGUCUCCCAACUGCACCAGGUGCUGAGCUGCAAGCUCGUUUCCGCCCGUUCGUCCUAUGAGCAACCGUCCGGCAGCAAGAGCCCGGCGGGCUGGAAGGCAGACGCGUUCCGCGAUGUGGUGAAGGAGUUUUACAUUAAGCGCAGUUGGAAAAACAUCAUUUCUAUCGGGGAUGCUCCGCACGAGCGGGAAGCCGUGUUCCGAAUUCAGAGUGGUAUAGUAAGUAUUCAACAUAGAUGAACACGCAUUCAUGAUGAUGAUCGGAUGAUAUGCUACUUACUCCAUGCGCAUCGUUUGUAAUUCCAUUGCGCCAUCGAAACUGUCGAUCCGGAAGACAAUUCUCAGUGAUGAAGAUCAUUUGAAAAAUUAUAUAAUUCAGAUGCCAAUCACCCGAAGUGCCGUGUGAAGUCCAUGAAAUUGCAAGUCCGCCCGAACUAUCCACAGUGAGAGAGAGAACUAAGUGCAUGAAAAUGCAGAAAACAUGUGAUGCCGAAGCGUGGUUUUGGCGCGACCAGAUAUGAUGCGACAUGUGUAAGAACUACGUAUGUAUGAGUAUAUCUUUACCUAGGCAGCAAUCUCUCAAUAUCGAGGCAGCAAGCCUUUUUCCUUUUCUUCUUUCCCGUAGAUAGCUACUAAAACCAGAACUGAGAAGGUCGUUUCUUUGUGCGACCUUGACGGACGUAAAAAUUGCGACGACAUGCAUAUGCUUGCGUCCACCUAUUGCUUGAUGAGGCCUUUGCACGAACAUACAGUAGAGGCAGAAAAAACCUGCCACGUAUAGCAACAUCAGCAUCACAACCGCAAGUCUUGCAUUUUCGUGCACUUUCUGCUGUGUUCGCAGGUUAUACGACAGUUUCCGAGGUGAUGCGCCAGAUGGGACGAUUGGCGGAGAGUUAUCCGAGCAAAAUCUCUUUGCGACUCAAAAUGCAGAUCGAAAGCCAGCUACAGCUUUUCCUUGGAAACUAAAACUCUAGUUCUGCUUUUACUCACAUCGUCAGCGAUUGGGUCUCUACGCAUAAGAUUUGGUCGUUCUUUUACAGAAAGAGCACCCGCAGCCCGAGACAGGCUCGAUUUGCUUCGACACGUCCAUUCGACGUGAGGAAGAUUUUGCUAGCAUAGCUGUUUGGGGGAUGUGAUUGCCGCGGACUGCAACCUGGAUUUGGAAUUCAUUCCGGACACCGCGGCCUUCGAAGACCAAUUCGGCUCGGGAAAGCUUUUCUGAAAAUGUAAGCACAGAUUCCAAUUACCAAGUUUCGCUAUUUUGCAAAACCAGUAUACGAUGUUUCCUCUCUGUUCCUCCUUAGAUGAUGCAAAAUUGAUGAGGUGUUGUUCUGAAAAAAAAAAGUUUUUUACUUCUAUGCACGAUAAAGUUACAGCGUGGACAGAAAUUUUUCAAUUUAUUCACACGGCAAUCGGAGUAUAUAAUCCAUGACCUUGAGCAGGACUUGUCCACGCCACUGUUUCUGAUAUGGAUCCAGCAUUUAUGAAAACUUGUAAAAAUAGAAGAGGCACCGUAGCCGUAGGCCACCACAUGGUCAUGGUCAUGGAGGCGAGUUGACGAAGUUUGCAGAAGUUGUGCGGCUCUUUAAGUUACCGUAGUUGACCGACGUUCGGCUUAGAAAUAACAAAACCGCACACACGUUUACGACUUUUUUGAAGUCGAAUAAAUGUCCAAAGACGGUUUAGUAGAACAUCAUCAGCUAUUCACAUGUUUCCAUACCCUUUUGGUAAGAACACGGCAACAGUUUCAAAAUGCAAUGUACAAGCCGCAAAAAUAUAUGGGCGCGUUUCUCUUUGUUCUGGUUUACUCUAGCUUUAGACGGGGACUUCGACUUCUAUUGCAUAGCUAGAAAUAUAGUGAUCUCGAUACAAUGCAAAGACUACAAAGUAUCCGAGGAAUAUAGAACUACACGUAGUUGCAGAAUCUGAAAACGCAGACGCUUGAGUUUGUGUUGCCUUAAGAACAUCAGAAUCUGCUGGAGGGAGCAGUCCGCUUCUCGUCCAAGAUACAUGUUGCAGAUAGUAGCACUACUCAGCUCAAGCUUUUACGAUGAGUCAGUUUUGUUUAACUAACUGUAGCUCCACAUUUCUACUAAAUAAACACGUCUGUGCAUGAAUGCCCCAUCUCGGGGGCGGAAAUUUCAUUUUUGUAUGUCAUGGUGAUUUUCCAUUUUCCCAAAAUUUCUCAACGAUUCCGAUUGGCAUCUAUCAUGGUUGUAGUUUACAAAAUGAGUUUAUUGUACCAGUAUGUGAUUGAUGAAUGAUGUCGUUUCAACAAAAAUCUAGCGCGCUGGCAUUGUCGAAGAAAAAUUUGUGAAAUGAAGGCUGCUGCUUUCAGUGAACGAAUUCAGCAGCGGUGCCACUGUGCUCAAGCAAAGCAAGCGAAAAUCAUGCUAUACUUACAAAACACCACUGUCACUGAUACUAAGCCCCAUUGAUGUUGAUAGAAGCCGCGCAAGGUAAAGCUGCAACUGCCAGGUGGACUACGGUACUUCUACAUGUUUACUAAGACAGGUGGAAGGUGUAGUGACACGAGGACGUGCAUUUCGUCACCCUCCCCGCACCCUCCUCCAGCUCCAGCAUCCUUACCCUAGAGACGAGCAUCAAACUUCUACUUGAAUUGUUUGAUAGGCCUGAUGCUCAGUACCCCGUGCUCCCAACCAAACAUUUUGAUUUACAUUUCGUCGUGUGUAGUGGCUUGUACGAUUUUUUCGCUGGAGGUGGUAGAUACAAUCCCGGUUGUACUAUACGCUCAUUUUAGUCCUCGCACGACGACGACAUGGCAAUGGCUUCAACUGGCGGGUCGACUGACCGAGAAUUCUCUGCCUCCGACCCCCAGCGGCUCUACUCACUGAGCUCGUUUUAUGUUGAACGCGAAAGUGGAAACAUAUUGAAAUAUAGCGACAGGUACAUUCAGUCCGUUUUGAUGAUACUAAUCCUCGCUGGUACAACCUUUUGUAUCAGUGUCAGUUAUUCCGUACGUGAAGUGGAUUUCCUGACCCUGACGCUGGGGCGAUGAUCAUGCGUCAGAGGCUUAUUGUGUGGUGCGCAAAUUCGAAUUCGGAACGUCAACUCGAAAAGGCAUUCUGUGCCUGGGACAAAAGCAAAACACAAACAAUCGUGGUGAAACUAAAACAUUUUGGGGGUUAUACAAGAGACAAAAAUUAUCGAAUGUAAAUGUGUCUGCUAAAGAGAAUAGCUGGAGGCACACAAAAUCAGAAAUAACCUUGUAUCUCAUGGACAAAAUUUCAAUUUCGACUGCUUUGCAAGUCUUGUUGCAUGAUCUAAUGAUGAAGAUGAAACGCAUUGAUCGCAGUUUUUUAUCUGCGAAGUUUUGCUGCAG